AAAAAAAAAAAAACAAAGGCAAAAGUUUGUAAAAUAAUUUUCCCGAGAAACUCUCGACACUUUCUCCCCCUCUCUCAUCACCAUCUCUUCCUAGCACUGUUACACAAUCCAUCUUGCAUCGACGUCACCCUCCACUGGGUUGUUAGAUUUUCAGAUUAGUUUGUGUGUUCGUGGGAGAGUGAAGAGUAAAGUCCCGCUCCCAAGUCCCAACUCGGUGCUCACCUCCAGUUCUCUAGGUUUCUCUCUAAAAUUUUCCCGGAAAAUUUGGAAGAGAAAAUGGACAGCAAACUAGAAGUUUCUCUGGACAGGCUUCCCGUCAAGCGCUUGGACGCCAUUGAGGAAAACGGCCUCGAACAUUUCCCUCCAGAUGUAGGUUAUGAUGAGAAGAGGCUUUCGCUGAUUCGGCGAGUUGACUUUGCUUGGGCGAUAGAGAAAGAUGAUAACAAGAAGCAGAAGAAGAGCUCAAAGGAGAGCUCAAAGCCGUGGCAAUGGCAGGGCAUGGUGGAGAACCUGCAGUUGGCUCAUCAGGAGCUCUCUAUCAUCAUAGAUCUCAUCAACACUGUUGAAGCUAAUGAUGCAGUAACAGUGGCUGGAAUGACCAGGCCAAAGCCAUUGCCAAAUGAAGUACUGUCUGACCUUUCAGUGUCCGCAGCAACCAAGCUACAAUGCUUCAGGCAUCUUGGUAAAUAUUUUAAGCAAUCUGCCAAAGCUUUGGAACAGCAGGUUGCUAGGGAAGCAAGAUUUUAUGGUGCUUUAAUCAGAUUGCAGCAAAACUGGAAAGUUAAACGGCAGCGUGGGGCUGCUUCAGCUCCCGGUAGUGAAGGCUUCACAAUUGAUCUGUUUGACAAUUCAUUGUAUGAUCCAGCAGCUGUAUUCCGUCCAUCAUCUCUAUCUACUGUUCGUGUUGACCAUGACUCGGCAGGCAUGCUUUCAAUAAAUUUACCUCCCAAUUCAUACCGCUCUCUUCAAUUUGGUUUUUCUGGUCCGCAUACGGAUGAUUCUCUGAGGGAACCAUUUAAAAUGAAAACCAGUUCCACAAGGGAAAGUGAGAAAGAAUCUGUAAGUGAUGAUGAGUGUGUUAAAGAAACACAUUCACUCCUUCGUGAAGUUCAUCAGGCAAUCUUUGACGAGCAGGUGUUUGAUUUGGUGAGUCGUGAAGCAUUUAACCCAUCUUUAGGAGUCAAUGUGACUGGCAUACAAGAAAAUUAUUUACAGAUGAGCAUAGGUCAAGGAACCUCUGUAUUCAUAUCUAUUACUCCAUCUAGUCAAGGAGAUCAAACAGUUGAAAGUUCAGGCACCCAAAAUUUAGAUAAUGCAAUUUUACCUUUGGAUACAUUGGAUGGAGUGAUGUUACCAGAGGAAGAACAGGAUACCCCUAAGCAAAAGUGGGGGCUUCCCAAUCGUGUUAGCUAUGAGAUAUACCUACAACAGAUUUUCCAUGAACAUGUUUUCCUAAGAGCAAAGGAUAGGCCCAUUUACGCUGGUAAUAGAAUAUCUGGUCAAGGGGCAAAGGAUGGUUGUGGUCUGUUGGUUCAUUUCUGUAUGUCACUGUCUCAUAGAAUCUUUUCAAACAAAGUUCUAAUGGAGCUGGAUACUGUGGUUUGCAGGGUCCCAUAUCUCCAGUUGAUUUCUCAUCCAACCUGGCAUUCUCGGACAUCUUCAUGGACACUGUUUAUGAAGGUUCCUCAGUCCAUUCUUCAUGCAGGCUGCCUAGCCCAUACAUCAAACAACCAUCGUGUGAAGAAUGUUAUCAAGUCUCAGUUCCGGACUAAGGUGGUGGUAAAUGAUGAUUGCAUCAAUGUAGAAGGGGAAGGUGCUCCUAAUGUUGUUGGCCUGUUCAAAGGGAAUUCAGAAGAAAUUUCCUCUAUGAACAGAUAUAAUUGUGAUUUGGCAGAUCUUUCUGUGAUAAUUCUGCAACAGGUUGCAAGCCAGAUUAUUGGUUGGCUUCAUGAGGAAGCUCUUUUGGUUGGAAUAAAGGUGAAUCGAGAUUUUUUAUGCUUAUCCUUUGAGCUGGAGCAGGGCGAAACACUUAGCCUGGUGGCACAUGUGGACCCAGAAGAUACUCGAGGAUGCAUUUCCUGGUGGUUGGUUAUGGAUGAUAGUUUCAAUGAGGAGAGAGAGCUUCAUAUAGAUAUUGCUGAUGGUGCAUCAGAAUAUAAGAAGUUUUUAGGCCAUUUGUCCCUAGAUGUGUUGUACUCAACACUGAUGGAUUUGGUGAGCUUGUGCUGUGGAGGUGGUAGCCUAUGACCUUCCACAUCUUUUUCUUGACAUUCAAAAACUGGAGAAGCUCCUUGUGGCUUCUUUAGGCGCCAGUUGUUGCAUGUAAUGUAAUUUCAGCUUUAUUUUAUUAAUUUUUAGUUUAAUUUCAGAUUUGAAAUCUCAACCAA